GUUGUUUUUCAUCUCAUACAUCAAUGAACAAUAAUUAAAUUGUUAUCUUCCUCAUGUAAUAGAUGAGACAAAGAAGAAUUGAGGCAUAUAACAGGGCAUUAGCUAAUGGAGAAAUGGAUGUUGCUUAUUCACGUGUCUUCUUCCUGGGCACUGCUGGUGUGGGGAUGAAAAGCUUUAAACGUUCUCUUAUGAAGUUACCAUGGGAACAUGACACUAGUGCAGAUAGUAACCAACUUCGUCCAUUCACACAUGAGUGGCACACACUCAAGGAUGAUCAAUUGAAAGCUGCGUCACUCGAGGAUGAAAUUGAAGAAUUAACUGGAUUAAUAUAUGCUGUUUAUAAAAAGAAUCUUGAUGAUCAUGACAAAAAAUUUCAGCCUCCACCAGAUGAUGAUGUAAUUAAAGAUGCUCUUGCAAUCUUAAAUGCUGUUAUAUCCUUCAUUGAAAAUAAUAGUCUAAAAAAAAUAAAGCCACGGCCAUUUCUUCAUUUUUGGGAUAGUGGUGGUCAACCACCUUUUCUUGAAAUUUUACCAGUUUUUCUUACUUCUCGUACACUAUUCUUUCUAAUUUUUGAUGCAGAGAAAGAUUUAAAUAUAAAGAGCAUGGACCAGGAGGAGGUUCAUAUGACAACACUUGAUUACAUGCUCAGUUGGAUGGCUAACAUUCAUGGCCACUUAUUGUCAUAUGAUGAUGAAGGAGGUUUUUGUGAAUUUCCACGAAUGUAUUGUGUUGGCACUCAUGGGGAUCGUGUUGUGAAGGAGAAAAAGUCAGAAAUAGAAAAAGAACUGGAACAUCAUUGUCAGGGUAAAAACUUCCGAGUUUUACUUGAAGAUACAGUAAUUGUUGACAACACCACUUCUGGGCAAGGUGAGAAUGAAGAUCCAUCUCUGCAAGCUUUAAGGAAAGCUGUCGUUCAAUUUACAGAAGAAAAACUUGUUUUAAAAACACCUCUUAGUUGGGUUCUCUUUCGAAAAGUCAUUCAAGUUAUUAGCAAGAAGUGUAAUGUCAUCAGUUUAAAGUAUGCUACUAUAAUUGGAGUUAGUAGUCAAAUUCCUCCUGAAGAUGUGCCCCAUGCCCUAAUGUUUUACCAUGAACUGGGCGUUUUGCUAUUCUACCCUCAAAUUGUUGGUAUGGAAGAUAAGGUUGUUAUCAAUCCAAAAUAUAUUGUUGAUGGUCUUGGAGAAUUAUUUAUCUCAAGUGUGAACCCUGACAGAGGCAGGUACCACAAAGAAUGGGAGCUCUUUCAUGAGUCUGGGAUCCUUGUUCAGCCACUUUAUGUAGCAUUAUGGAAGAAAUAUGGAGAAGUUUCACCAGAUAUUUUUAUCAAGGUACUGGCUCAUUUCCACAUUGCUGUUGAAGUUAAGACAGAUGAAUAUUUUCCUCCUUCCAAGCAAUAUUUCAUGCCACUUGCUCUAAAGUCAACACAAGUUAAAAGCCCAAUCACCAAUUCCCAAGCAGCACCUCUUCAUAUUACCUUCAGUAGUGGGUUUGUACCUCCUGGUUUCUUCACUCGUUUUGUUGUUGCACUUGCCAAUGCUGGAAGAAUCGAACUUUGUUUUGAGAAAGGUGUCUACAGAAACUGUGUCACAUUUCGUUAUCAGGAUCGCAAUAGCAACAGCAUUGAGCAUAUAAUAGUCACUGAUUGUCGUGAUGUUGUUCAGAUCAAUGUACAACAUCAUAGUUGUGAUCAAGAAUUAGUUUCCUUCCCAAAAAUUUGUCAAGAUAUUCGUGUUUAUUUAGAAAAUGCAGCAGUAAAAGUUAAAAAACUUUUAAAGGAUUGUGCCAGUGGAUGGACUGACGAUAUCAAGCCAACUCGAUACAUAUUCACCCACAAGUUUAAGUAUGUCUGCACUAGCUGUUCUACGAUAACAACCUCACCUCAUUACAUAAAACUUCCGCCAUCAAAUACAACUCAGGAUUCUCAAGUGUUUUGUGAUAAAAACAAGGUUGUUUACCGAGCUCUUACUGAACAGGAGAAAGUUUGGUUUAAAGACACAAGUCAGUCAACACCAGCAACACAAACAUCACCCACAGCAACAUCAAAGUCACCAGAAAGAAAUGAUCUAACGAAAGAGAGAGUCCUUAAAAGUUCUGAUGUGUCCGAUGUGAGACUGCUAGACAUUACUGAUCUUGAUGAUGUCGUUGAUGAGUUACGGUCAAUUGAUUUCACUGAGUGGAAAGCAUUGGGUCUCAGCUUAGGGCUGUACCACAAUAAUUUGGGAAUAAUUGAAGAAAGCUGUAGAGGAAAUGUUAAGAAAUGUUUUACGGAGUGCAUGGCUGCCUGGUUAAAAGGAGAGGAUAAAGUGAGAGAGAAAGGAGGUCCCAGCUGGUCAUCCUUAGCUACAGCACUGGAAAAAAUCGAAGCAAAUGGCAUUGCUAAUAACAUAAACGCAAAGUAUAAUUUAAAUAGGCCAUAAUUUUUUGCUGCUGCUAUUAUCUUUAAACUAGUAUUUUGGUAGUAUUAGUUUUUUGUAGUAUUAGAGUGUUUUGUAGAAAUAGACUGAGUAUUUUUGUAGCUUCAUUAAUAUUUACUGCUGCUUUUUUUGAGUUGUGACAUUAGAUUUAAACACUAUAA